AUGACUUAUUUAGCAUAUUUACAAUAUGUUGAUAUUGGAGAAAUUUGUUCAACAAAAAAUCCUGUACACAAACCGAUUGGAAGCCCGAAUCUCGAAUUCAUAUCCCAACUAUCGAAACCAGAAUCCGCACCCAAAUUAGACCUUAAACUCAAACCCCGCUCGGAACCCAAACACGAAUUCGAAACUGAAUCCGAACAACACGAACCAGAUUCUUGUUUUAAUAUUUGGUUACCAAAUCCAACUAUAUCGUCGUCUCAUAUAAAUUCAUGGUUACCAUCAUCAUCACAAUCUAUGCUAUUUUUACCAACAUCUUUAGAGAUGUCAAAAACCUCAACAUCGACGUCCUUAUCAUCAUCAGUAUCAUCAGCUUCAUCAUCAUCAAAUUCUUCUUCACCAUCAAUGCAAUCAUCAUCACUAUUACAACAAACUUCUCUACCACCACCAUCAUUAAUACCGCCUCCACCCUUAUUACUAUCUUCAUCGCCGUCUUCAUUUUAUUCAACCAAUUCAUUAUCAAAUGAAAGACCAACAAUAAAAACAAAAAACAUGAAUUUAUCUAACUCAUAUGGUGAAGAGAUAUUAGACUCCUUAAAAUUUCCGAAAAUCUUAACUAAAAAUAAACAAUGUGAUUAUCAACAUGAAAAUUAUAAUUUACACAUAUUACCAACAUCAUCAACAUCAACAGUAUCAGCAUCAGAAUCAAUAUCAACAAAAAUGAAUCAAAUAAAUUCAUUAAUACCAUCAAAGAAUACAUUAAAUGCUAUUACAACUAAUAUGUAUUCUGAUGAAACGACACCAUUGACAGAAACUAAUACAAAUUUAUCGUCUAUACGAACAUUAACAUCAUCAUCAUCUCAAUUAUAUUCAAGUUCUAAACAAAUAUUACCAGUAACAUCAAUAUCAUCGUCAUUAACACAAUUUAAUAAAAUUUCAAAGCUUUCUUCUCCAAAAUUACAUGAAACAACUACAUCAAUCCCAUCGGAUAUAAAUGAUUCUAAUAUUAAUAAUAAUGAUGAUAUUUUAAUGAUAAAAGAUCCUAAAGUAACAAGAAGUACAGCGGUAUCAAAAAUAAUAACAACAUCGACAACAACACCAACAUCAGCAAUAACAUCAUCUACAUCAGCAGUAGCAGCAGCAGCUGCUGCUUCAUUAAUAAUAUCUAUACCAAAUUCCUAUCCAUAUACAUCCUUAAUUAAUUCAUCAACGCCUUAUAUUUCACCAUUACCAUCACCAUACAUAAUAAAUUCGAAGGAUUCAAUACAUUCUAACAAUAAUUUGAAUGAAUCUGAGAGUAAAAUAAAAAAAUUAUCAAAAACAAAAAUGGAAUCAAUGGUAGUAAAGAGAAAUUUAGAUAAUUUUAUACAACCUCUACCAGCAUCAAUAUCAAAAAUAUAUUCAGAGAAUAGAAAAUAUGAUUCCACAUCAAUUAAUAAUUCAAUAUUCUCUCAUUCUAAUAAUUACAAUAGUAAGGUGGACAAUAAAAAAAGCUUUUAUUCUAACAAUUUAACAAGAAUUUCAAAUAGUUCACCGUGUGCUCCCAACUAUUCAAGAAAUUAUUUAAAUGAUAAAAAUUCUAACUCUCUAUUACCACCAUUUCAUAAUAAUCUUUUUCCAAUUAAUUUUGAUAAUAAUCUAAUCCAUUCUAAUAAUGAGAAUAUUCAACAAGAAAAUAACAAUAAUAUUCUCGUUAGUAGUUCGGCCACCGAUAGCAAUAUUCGAAAUGAAAGAAAAAAUGUAUUAAAUCAAUUAACGAAACCUCUUCAACCACUUUCAAAUGGAAAUCGCAUAUUACGAACGUAUACUACACAUGUAUUUUUAUAUAUUAAAGAAAUAAGUUGCAGAGUAUCAUACGUUAUAACCAUGAUAAAUGUUUCCGAAUUAGUAGCACAGUCUGUUUUGUUGGCAGCAUAA